AUGAAUGGUAAGAUUGAGAUGGCGAAUUUUGGAGAUUCUGGUGUGUUGGAUGUGAACUGGGAUGACGAAGUUUGUAGAUUUGGAAGUGGCGGACAACCAAGCAAUUUUUACUGGAAUAAUUGGGCGACUGGAAAAAGUGUAGCUUUUGUAUGGAGAGCGAUAGAUGAAAAGAUCCCAUCAGCAGUGGCUUUAAGGAACAGAGGUAUGAAUAUACAAGAUGUUAGGUGCAAGAUAUGCGGCGUUGAAGACGAAACUGCCGGACAUCUAUUACUAAGAUGCAAUCUAGCCAAGAGAAUUUGGGAUGCGGUAUCGACGUGGACAAGAUUUCCGAUGUACAACACGGCUGCCAGUGUAUCGGAACUACUGCAGUUGAUUUCGGAAAGCAAUAGGAGCCGAUCAGUUAGAAAACUACUUCAUGCGAUAGCCAUUCAAUCUAUGUGGAUCAUGUGGAAGAAUAGAAAUGAAAGGGUAUUCACAGGAAGACAAAGGGCGAGCCAGUUGAUUGUUGAAGACAUCAAAGAUACAACUUUUCAAGGGGUAAAGUCCCGAUCGAAGUUCAACACAAUGACAAAACAAGAAUGGUGGGAUUUUAAUUUUAACUCGUAA